CCUAUUUAUUAGUCAAGUUGCAACUGGCAUUCUAUGGCGUCCGCCUCGGCCCAGCCCGCGGCCCUGAGCGCAGAGCAGGCCAAGGUGGUUUUAGCGGAAGUGAUUCAAGCGUUCUCGGCCCCAGAGAACGCCGUGCGCAUGGACGAGGCCAGAGACAAUGCUUGCAACGAUAUGGGGAAGAUGCUGCAAUUCGUGCUGCCAGUAGCCACACAGAUCCAGCAGGAGGUUAUUAAAGCCUAUGGCUUUAGUUGCGACGGGGAAGGCGUCCUUAAGUUUGCCCGCCUAGUCAAGUCUUAUGAAGCCCAGGAUCCUGAGAUUGCCAGCCUGUCCGGCAAGCUAAAGGCCCUGUUCCUGCCACCCAUGACACUGCCACCCCAUGGGCCAGCUUCCGGAAGCAGUGUGGCUGCCUCCUGAUUUGUCCUUGUCUGUGCACCACUGCUAGGGAAGAAGACCCUGUGCCCCAGAGAAUAAUAAAUGUGCUUGUGACUAAA